GUCUUAUUUACCAAAAUCUCAAAGUAUGACUAAUCUUGAGAAGCCUUCUGGAGAAUUAGAGUUUAACCAAGGAGUAAUAAAGGAUCAGAAAGCUGAAAUGCAAGUUAAACUUCCUCCUAUUGUUCCAAACAAUGGAGGUUCUAAUACUCCAGGUAAAUAUGAUAUCAGUAAAAUUAAACCUCAUGAUGGAACGACUAAUGUCAUCCAACCUCAAGCUUCUCACAGGCACCAUUCUGCAAGAUUAAUGAACAGUCCAUCUGCUCCAAACCUCCCUCAUGCACCUCAAGCUUCACAAAUCCCAUACCAAGGACAAGGAACACCUCAAAACUACGAUGCUCAACAACAUGAACAAAUCCUAACGCAUCAGUUCGAGAGUCUGCUAUCUCGAAAGCAAGAACUUGCUAAUGAACUUGCCAGGCGUAAAAAGGAGAAAAUAGAAGACCGCAAGAAGGACGAACUCUACUCGCAAGUAAAAGACUCUAUUGAAAAAGAGAUUGAAGAACGUAACCAAGAGAAGCAAGAUAAAUAAACAAGAGGACGAAGACAUGGAGACUAAAGGUAUAAUGGAUCUUAUCAACAAGCAACAGUCCCAGCUUAGCUCCCUCAUCAAACAGUCUCGCAUGGAAAAUGAAUCCAAACUUGUGUACGAAAAUAUUCAACUCUCACAGAGACUUAAGAUGCUGGAAGAAGCAAGCCAAAAGAGGAAAGAAUCAGCUGAAGGAUAUAAAUCUAAGAAGAAACAUAAAAAAAGAAAGAAGCAUAAGAAAUAUAAAGGGUUUCCAAUGAUGUAUGGUGGUCUUCCUCCAAUGCCUCCCCCGAUGUAUGGAGUGAUGCCACCACAAGCACUUGGGCCAAUGGGGUAUCCUGGGUAUUACCAGGGAGGAAUGGGCGAACAUCCUGGUUAUUCUAAUAAUAUGAGUGGGCUAGCAGGAGCUGGCUACCAAGCUCUCCAUUCACCAAACAGCUACUAUGGCUAUGACAAUCAAAAUAAUACUGAAAUUCCCAAACACUCGGCUGAGUUUGAAGAUAAAUAUAAAAUCGUAACAGGUGCAGACAUUAAUGAAUCCAACAAAGAGGAGCUCAAAAAUAUUUUAUCCAAGCAGCUAGGAGGUGCGAACCUAAACUCACAUAGAGAAAGACCUCCUUCCAAUAAUAACUAA